CCUUGACUUUUUUCUUCUGAAAGUCUCACAGCUGUGCUCUUGGCAGAUGAAAAACUUGGCUCUUCGAGUCUUCGUCCUUGAAUCUCCAUUCUUCAUACUUGAAUGAGAUCUGCAACUUGGUUUCCCCAUUUUUCACAUGCCUAACAAAUAACAUAACAAGACCAAUUACAGAGUAGAGGAUUGAUGCUUCCAUGCAAAGGUGUUAUAAACUUAAACAAAUGGAAGAGAACUGCUUAUUAUACUUACUAACUUCUAUAUAAAUCUUUUUCUCAUAACCAGAAAUCAUAUGUAAGCUUCUUUCUUACAAAUGCAUCCACCAGCGCCCUGUGCACACUAGUUGAUGCAAUUUGGAUUUGUUGGCAAGCAAAUCAAAAGAAGCUACAGCUAUCCAUCUGAAUAUCAAUUUCCAAGUACUCUUGAUAUAUAUUCUUUGGAUUGCUUGCUUCUCGAUCUUCAGUUACAUUCUUAAAAAGAAACCAUGGGAGAUGCUGUUCUUGGGGCAUUCAUUAAGGUGCUGCUCCAAAAGUUGGCACAUCAGGACGUCCUAAACUACUUUGGACGCCUAAAGGACAUAAACCGAAAGAAGCUGGAUAGAUGGACUGUCUCAUUGAUUAAAAUUGAAGAGGUGCUGAAUGAUGCAGAAGAAAAGCAACUAACACAACCGGGAGUAAAAUUGUGGCUAGAUGCUCUCAAGGACUUGGCCUAUGAUAUGGAAGACAUAUUGGACGAGUUUUCAACAAAGAUGUUACGACUUCAGAUAAAAAAGCUGUAUGGGAAUACCACAAGUAAGUUAUGGAGGCCAGUUUCUAAAGGUAAAUUCAACUUCAACAUGAACACACAAAUCAAGAAGAUGAAUGAUCGAGUGCAAGAGAUAUAUCAACGGGAAAAUCAUUUGGGUUUGAAUAAGACUAGGUCGUCAUCUACCAAGGAGAGAAAAACACCUCCAAGUUCGUGUCAACUCGCUGGACCUAUGAUUGGAAGGGAGGAAGACAAAAAGAAGAUUGUUGAAUUUCUGUCUGAAGAAGAGCCUUGCAAUGCCAUCAAUGUUCAUGUAGUUGCCAUUGUUGGUAUGCCUGGAAUUGGAAAGACAACAGUUGCUGGAGAUGUAUUCAAUGAUGCUGCCACUGAACAGUUUUACCCAAAGGGAUGGAUAUCAGUGUCCCAUGACUUCAACAUUGUAAGAUUGACAAAGGCAAUUCUUGAAUAUGUCACAUCCCAACAAUGUCAAUUGGAGGAGUUCAGUAAACUUCAGGAAGAAUUGAAGGAGAAAUUAAGAGGGAAAAAGUUUUUAAUUGUUUUAGAUGAUGUAUGGAUCAAAGAUGGCUAUGAUCUACAUGAUCUAUGGACAAGGCUUCAGUCUCCUUUCACUGUUGGAGCACCGGGAAGUAAAAUACUUGUCACAACCCGUGAUAUAAAUGUUGCAAAGAUAAUGGCAGCUUCUGAAGUUCAAAGUUUGGAAUGCAUAUCAGAUAAUCACUGUUUGGAUAUAUUUGAGGAACAUGCAUUAAGAAACAAAACUAACAGCAUCAGACCACCCAAUUUUGAGUUACUUAAGACAAAAAUUGCUGCAAAAUGCAGUGGUUUGCCCUUAGCUGCAAGGACACUUGGUGGUAUUUUAUGCCAUGAGAGUCAAGACAAAUGGGAAGAUAUGUUAGAUGACCGGUUAUGGAGUCUCUUUACUCAGAAGGAAAGUCAUAUUCUUCUAGUGUUAAAGAUGAGCUAUUACUAUCUUCCAUCAAGGUUGAAGAGGUGCUUUGCCUAUUGCUCAGUACUUCCACAUGACUAUGAAUUUGGUGAGGCACAAUUGAUCCUUUUGUGGAUGGCAGAGGAUUUGAUUCAGCCACAACCAAAAGAAAACAAACAAAUGGAAGAUUUAGGCAGGGACAUUUUUCAAGAGCUAUUGUCGAGGUCUCUAUUUCAAAAAUCAAGCAGAGACAAAUCAAAAUAUGUAAUGCAUGACCUGGUUACUGAUAUGGCACGAUGGGCAGCUGGAGAAAUUUGUUUAAAGUUGGAUGAUAAGUCAGAAGAGAAUUGCAUGUUGAGAUGUUCUCCAAAAGCACGCCAUUCGUCUUACAUUUGUGGGGAGUAUGAUGGGGUUGAAAAAUUUGAGGCAAUUUCUGAACUAAUACAAUUGCGGACAUUCUUGCCACUUUCACUAUCAGAUGCCUCCCGUUGGAACUAUCUUACUCGGACAGUCACUUUUGAAUUAUUGCCAAAACUGCGUUUCUUACGGGUGCUCUCUUUGAACGGCUACAAAAUAACCGAGUUGCCUGAUUCCAUUGGUAAACUGAAGCACCUACGGUAUCUUGAUCUUUCUUACACACUAAUAGCAUAUUUGCCAGAAUCGACCAGCACUUUGUGCAACUUACAGACAUUGAUACUGGAAAGUUGUUAUGAGUUGAAGGCAUUACCUACAAACAUGAGGAAUCUAAUAAAUUUGCGUCAUCUUAACAAUUCAGGUGUAUGUAAUCUGAAAGAAAUGCCUUCUCAGCUAGGUCAAUUGACUAAUCUGCGAACAUUGCGUAAUUUUGCUGUUGGCAAAGGUAGUGGCGCAAGGGUAAGAGAGAUUGGGUCGUUGUUGCAUCUACAAGGGACGUUGCGCCUCUCAAGACUGGAGAAUGUGAUUGGUGGGGAUGCUAGGGAUGCCAACUUGAAGAGCAAGGAGAGGCUUGAAGCCUUAUUACUAGAAUGGUCUAGUUCUAGUGUCUCCACAGAAAUUACAACAGUUGUGCUCGACAUGUUACAACCUCAUCGGAAGCUCAAAGCGCUGACCAUCAGUGGUUAUGCUGGAUUGAAAUUUCCAACCUGGAUUGGAGAUCAUUCAUUCUCUAAUAUGGUUCGUGUAAGUUUAACAGGCUGUAAUCAUUGUCAGUUCUUGCCACCAUUUGGACAAUUGUCAUCUCUCAAAGAACUUCAUAUACAAAGAAUGGAUGCUGUGGAAAGUGUUGGUCCUGAAUUUUAUGGAGAAGGUAACUUGCCUUUUCAAGCUUUAGAGACUCUUAAGUUUCAGAGUUUAAAAAAUUGGAAGGAGUGGUCUCCUUGCCAGCAAGAUCUGGAAAUUGGAUUUUUCUGUUGCCUCAAAAUGCUUUCCAUUGAGGAUUGCCCCAAAUUGGAGGGUAGAUUACCCGAGAAGCUUGAUUCAUUAGCAAAGCUUGACAUAUCUGGAUGUGAGGAAUUGGUGGUUUUCCUAGCCAAUUAUAAACAACUUCAUGAAUCAGACAUUCAAAAUUGCAAGCUGGUGGUGCACACAAGUCUGGAUCACUUUGACUUACUAGAGUCCUUGUGGUUGUCAAAUAUUUCAGAGUUCAGAUUCCAAAGGCAGGAAGUCAUGAAAAGGUUCAAAAAGGUUAAAGAGUUGAAGAUUACUGGUUGUGAGGAGCUGGCACCGCUGUCUUUUCAGAAUGACGAUAGAAUACUACAAUGCUUGAUUUCUCUUCGUCAUUUGUAUAUCCAAGACAACUCUUCCCUUGUUGAGAAGCUAGGUAAAGAAGCAGGGCAGCUGCAAGUAUUGGAUUGCAAGCUUGAAUAUCUGACUUUGAGCAACUGUGGAAGUCUUCUGAAGGUACCAGAAGGAUUCCAUCACCUGAUGUCUCUUCAAGAACUUUACGUAUAUGACUGUUCAAGUCUAGUUUGUUUUCCAGAUCUUGGUCUACCACCUUCUCUUAAAGUUAUAGAGAUUCGAAGGUGCAAAUCUUUGAUGUAUUUAGCUAGAGGAUACCAGGUUCUCGCAAGUCUAAGAAGAAUAGAGAUCAGUGAUUGCUCAAAUUUGAAAUCAUUAAUAGAGAAAGAAGAGGAGGUGUUGGUAGAUGGCUCUUCUUCUUCUUCUUGUCUCGAGUCGUUGGAGAUAAUGGAGUGCAGAUCUCUGACGUGCUUAUCAUUCCAAGGCCAAUUAUCCACGACUCUUAAACACCUAAAGAUAGUCAACUGUACACAGCUGGAGUUAAUAACUGAUGGGGUCUUCCAUAACACUAGUCCACUUGAGAAAAUUCACAUCCAGGAGUGUCCAAAUCUUACAUCCUUACCGGAAGGCCUGUGCUACCUCACCAGUCUUGAAUCAAUUUUAAUCAGGGGUUGCGAGAAACUGGAGGUGGUACCUAUCCUGAGAGACGUGCAGAAUAAUCUCGACUCUGUUGAAUAUUUGUGGAUUGAUUACUGUGAAGGUUUGUCUUCCUUUCCCCUGAACCUAACAUCACUUACUAUUUUGAAUAUCAAGAGUUGUAAGGCGCUUUUGAAAUCUCAAGGGUUGCACAGACUCACCUGUCUUAGACAUUUGUGGAUCACGGGUAAAGAUGAUCCAAAUUUGGUGUCAUUUCCCCCUACUGAGAAUGAGAAGGAGAAUGAGAAUGAGAUGUUGCUCCCAAAAUCUCUUCUUAAACUCUACAUCAGUGGCUUCCCAAAUCUCAAGAAACUGAGCAAGGGCUUUCAAUUCCUCACGUCUCUUCAAAUUCUUGAUAUCUUCGACUGUCCAAAGCUAGCAUUCAUUCCAGAUGAAGGUCUGCCUCGUUCACUUGGGAAACUUGUCAUCUCUUACUGUCCUAUACUAGAAAAGAAGUGCAAAGAAGGCAGUGAAGGACGAUACUGGCCCAAGAUAGCCCACAUCCCUUGCAUACUUAUUGCUCCUGAUCUUAUAUAAUAGACAGCUCGAUCACACUCCUCUUUUCCUCUCCAGAUUUGCAACACUGAUGAAGGCAGAGGACAUACAUGCCACCAGAAGUGCUGGAGUUAAAGUAUAAGAUCAAUUUCUUGAGUAGAAGUUCCUGUUGAAGUCUCAAAGUGUGAAGAACAGUUGAUUUCGAUAAUCUUGAGUUGUUGUUUUGUUUUUAAAAGGUUUGAGGAAUGCAACUGAUUGGUUGAUAGUUGAGUGGGUGCCAAACUUCCAACCAAGUUGGGAUGUACUCAAACUAUAGUGAUGCAAUUCUCACUUCUUGAGACUAGCCAGAUAAUGUCUUUGUUUAGACGGGACCUGAUAAUUUAUUUCUUCGUUACCUUAUAUGCGUUUUUAACGUUGUAAGUUUCUCAAUUGUUAAUGAAAACAUUACUCUUCUUUUGGCA